GCAGAUCGUUCCAUUCCAUGUUCUGACUGAUCGGUGCUUGCUCCCUGUUUCGAACCAUCAUCUGACCAUCAGUCUCUUCAAAACAAAGACAUGGGAUGCCUAAAACAGAUCCGGAUUAUGCUCUGGAAAAACAUUUGGAUUCAAACCAUUCUGCGUCACCCGUGCCUAACUGCUGUGGAGAUCGUCUUUGCGUUUCUGUUUACGAUCGCGCUUCUAAACGCUGCCUACUUGCCAGACACUGGAGGGGCAUCCUACGUUCCUGCAAAGGUUCAUCCGCCUGUGGUUCCCCCAGUGCUUGCGAAAUUGAGGCUGGUGUACGGACCGUCGUCUCCAUAUGCUGCUUUUAUGGUAUCGAAUGCGUUUCCAGAUUUGGAGGAUCCUACACAGAUCCCGCCUGACCCGAAGAAGUCACGACCAUUUGUGGAGCUCGGCGAAAUGAGCGAGGUGCAAGAGAAUUGCCAAACGAACGACUAUUGCGUGUUCCUACAUUCAGAUGGAUCCAACACGAACGACCUGAACUACAGUGUCGUGGUUCACGUUAACAUGACGGAUGACCUCGGCGUAUUCAGACAGUCGUACUACGAACCGGUGUCACCCGCACUUCCAAUGAUCGUCUCUCUUCAGGCGCAGAUUGAACGGGCUCACUUGAAAUGGGUUGAACGAAACGUGGCUCCGUCAGCGCUAAGCGACCAGGUCCUAACCAGGCACGUACCUAUGCCAACAUUAGUAGAUGCUCCACGUCUCUUUUACCGCUUCAGCACGUUCAUUCUUUUGGCGCUGGUGUUCGUGGUGCCCUUCUGCAUGCAAGUCAGCAUUAUAGUUACGGAAACAGGAUCUGGCAUAAAGGAAAUGCUGAAAUUAAUGGGUCUACAUGAGUGCAUCUACUGGAUCGCCCACUUGUGCACUCAACUUUUGAUUACCACAUUCUGCUCUCUGCUCAUAUCGUUAAUUCUGGUGUAUGUGAGAUUUGGGAGUGAGAACCAACAGUACCUCUCGGAUGCCGAUUUCCGGCUCGUUAUGUUUACGAUGCUCAUGUUUUGCUUCCACGUGGGAAUGCACACGCUGCUGGUAUCCUGCAUGUUCCAGAGGUCGAACGUUGGUGUAACGUUCUCCAUCCUGUACUGGGUUGUGCUGUCAUUCUACCCCGUGAUUGAAAUCGGAUCAGACCUAUCUUCUUUUUACUUCGCUUCGGUUGGGAAGAAGCUGCUGCUGUGUAUCACUCCUGUUGCAGCAACGCAUUGGACAUUGUGGAACAUCGGAUUGUACAGUGACCUAACAGGUACUCCGACAUGGUCUAUUGUAACAAGACAUGUGACACCGCACGAUAACAUCACCAUAUCAGAAAUGUGGACAGUCAUGGUCCUUUCCUGGUUCGCUAUUGCCAUUCUUGUGUGGUACCUGACCCGCGUGCUGCCGUGGGUCACUGGAAUUCCACAACCAUUCUAUUUUCCCGUACUGCCUUCGUACUGGGUGGAAAAGACAGUGACUGUUUCCAAAGCCCCUGCCCAUCGUGCUCCUGAACUGGAAGCUGGUUUCGAAGCUGAACCGACCGCGGAGGCUGUCAUCUCAAUCGUAGGACUGCGAAAAAACUUCGGAAGCAAUGUAGCGUUGGACGGCAUCGACAUAAAAUUUUACGCAGGAGAAAUCACUGUCCUGCUUGGACAUAACGGUGCGGGGAAAACCACCAUGAUUAAUAUAUUGACAGGUAUCUUGUCGCCAACUGAAGGCACGGCCAUUAUCUGUGGUUACGACAUCCUCAAAAACACUACGAAGGCUCGAAAGAACAUCACCUUGUGCCCACAGUUUGACGUCUUUUUUCCUGACUUAACGGUAGAGGAGCACCUCACUUUUUUCGGCACGAUGAGAGGUUUAACACGAACAUCACUGGCGGAAAGAAUGGCCAGCGUCCUGCAAACGGUUAGACUUUCAGCUAAGAUUGGCGACCUCUCGGAUUCGUUAUCGGGAGGCAUGAAAAGAAGACUCAGCAUUGCCAUUGCCAUAGUUUCCAACCCAAAGGUUCUAAUUUUAGACGAGCCAACAUCGGGUAUUGACCCCGAGACGAGACGGGAACUCUGGGAUUUAUUCUUCAGUCUACGUAAGCAAUGUAGCAUUGUGUUGUCCACUCACGACAUGGAAGAGGCGGACGUGUUGGGUGACCGGAUCGCCAUUAUGGCGGAGGGAAGUGUACACUGCUGGGGAACACCCAAUUUCUUGAAGAAAGCUUUCGGCACAGGGUAUCAGGUGCACUUACAAAAAGCGGCCAACUUCAAUAUAAAUGGCACACUAACAAUCCUCAGGCAAACUGCACCCAACGCUGAAGUAGCGGACGAUGGUUUGACGGAGGUUCGUAUUUCGCUACAAGUGACGGAUCCAACCGGCUUCGAGACAAUGUUCCAAACGUUGGAGUCGCAACGAGCGGCAUUGGGGAUUGCGAGCGUCGGAGUUACUGUGUCAACUAUGGAAGAUGUCUACAUCAAGAUAACAGCUUGGUGGAAUCCUUUCUACGAUCUCAGCGUGUCGCUGUCUUUGAGCCUUGCCAACACUGCGCUACUUGGUCAGAUGACGGGGGACGUACGGGCCCGCAUGGUGCUUACCGUGGUGCAAGACUCUAAAAAUUACAGCUACGGCAACAAUUCCGUCGCACAAAAGCAAGAGCAGUUGCUGGACUCUUUCGUUGGUGGAGCCAUAAACCAAAUGCUGAGAGCUGUCUUCAUCCCACUUGCGCUGGCCUUCACGGUGGCGGUUACAUCACUGUACGUCGUCAUGGAGCGAAUGAAUAACAGCAUGGCUGUGCAACUCAUGACCGGCACUCAACCUGCCCUGUUGUACUCGUCCAAUCUCAUCUUUGACUCUGUGGGCUUUGCACUAACGUGGAUCCUGAUAGGUGUCCUUUACACCACGUACUACGAGGUGCUUCUGUCUACGGUAGGUGCUGCUGUGGUUGCGUUCUUUGUCAUUGCUGCAAUGACAAGUAGCCUGUCAUAUUGCAUUUCGCACUUCGUCGAUAGCCAAGGAAAAGCGUUCACUGUGGAGCUGUUGCUGUUUUCAGUUGGAGGUACCAUCAUUCUGGCUUUCGCGGCGUUCAUCUGGGUUGUGGGACUGAUCUCCUUCGCACUCUCCCAUAGCAGUAGUUGGGUUACAGUCGUUAUCGAAGCAAUGAUGAUCAUGCCCCCAUGCUGCGCUCCCUACACCCUGAUCAGACUACUUCGAAUCGAUUCUCAAAAUCAAAUCUGCCACAAGUAUAGCGAUAUAGUUUUCGAAGACUACGCCGAGGCCGGCCUUUCCGACAUGUGCAUACUUUAUGAAGCUUUUGGAUUGGAUUACUGUUGCGAACAGUACAUGAAGGGAAAAAGGGGCAAUGAAAUCAUCUUAAACCCAUUAGCACUGAGUAAGCAUGGAAUUGGUUACCAGCUGUGCGUGAUGGUCGUAGAAGCAGUGAUCUUCUUUCUCGUCAUCUGCUAUCUCGACUCCUCGACGUCCACCUGGAAUGCGGAGAGCGAUGGGCUUCCAUCGGCCGACAGCGACGUUGAGCAAGAGCGAAAUCUUGUCCGUUCCAUCUGUGCCACCAACACCUGGUCGCAGUACACUCUCGUUGUGCGAGGACUGAAGAAAGUCUUCAAUAAUCUCAUCGCUGUGAACGGCAUUUCGUUCACGGUGCGCCCUAAGGAGUGUUUCGGAUUGCUCGGCGUCAACGGGGCGGGGAAGACGACCACGUUUCAGAUGCUCACGGGUCUUCUUCCUCCUACGGCCGGAGAAGGGUACAUGGGUAACACCAUCAUGAGGGGUAAUAUAAGCCUGUGGCAAUCGAAGAUUGGAUAUUGCAUGCAGAGCGGCGGAAUUAUUGGACAGUUGACUGCAUACGAGUCCCUGUACCUGAUGGCUCGUUUAAGAGGUGUACGGGAAAAGGAAAUAAAACCUCUCGUUAACAGCAUGGUCAAGCUUGUAGACCUCACUAUGUAUGCCAGCAGAGUGUCAGACGACUACAGCGGUGGAAACAAGCGGAAGCUAUGCGUAGCGGUGGCCAUGAUUGCACUUCCCGAGCUGACAUUUCUGGAUGAACCGAGUGCAGGGGUAGAUGUGGUCGCAAGAAGGAAGAUAUUCAACAGCAUCAAAGUUAUUAGAGUCACUUCGGGAGUCUCGAUCGUCCUCACGUCGCACAGCAUGGACGAAUGCGAGGCUGCCUGCGACCGCAUCGCCAUAAUGGUUUCUGGCAGACUUCAUUGCCUGGGGCCACUUCAGCACCUGAAGCAGAAGCUCGGCAAAGGUUACACGCUGACGAUUAAAAUGGCCGUGAAAGACGAUAUCCUUCGAGCUCAUUUCGAGGCAGCAAUCAGUGAAGUCUUUCCUGGCAUCUCGCUCACAGAUUAUCACCAGGGAUUGUACGAGUUCCAAUUGCAAGAAAUGCUGCCAUGGAGCGAAAUGUUCCGAAGAAUAGCCAUACUGCGAGCACAGUUCCAGUUGGAAAGCUGUUUGGCGUCGGACACAACUCUCGAGAAAAUUUUCAUCAGCCUCGCGAGACGACAGUUGUACGGACAACAGGUCAAUCCUGUUGCCCCUGCUCCCCAGCAGGCAUACGUUGCCGCUCCGAUGGGUUAUAUGCCUCCGGAAACUUUCAAGAUAUGAAUGUUUUGCUCACUGUCGUGAAACGAAAUACAUGCUUCGUAGCAUGGGGGAUGUG